UUGCGGUGGAGAAAUGGAGUUGGGAUCAUUUGUACAGGAGACAGUGCCACUUUUGGCGAUGUUAACAGUGGAAUGCACAGAUGUGGGUCUCUCAGUAAUAACCAAAGCAGCUUUGAACCAGGGAAUGAACAAUUUUGUUUCAGUGGUCUACUGUAAUGCCCUCGGUACCCUCAUUCUUCUUCCUUACUUUCUCUUCAACAGAAAGAAGCGUCCUCCUCUCUCUUUCUCCCAUCUUUGGAGAUUUUUCCUUGUUGCCCUCAUAAUGAGCUCUGGCCAAAUAAUAUAUUGUACCGGCAUUAAAUCCAGUUCACCAACUCUUUCAUCUGCUUUGAUGAAUCUUAUUCCUAUCUUUACUUUCUUACUUGCAGUCAUAUUCAGGUUUGAGAAGCUAGACUUAAGAAGAUCAAGCAGUCAAGCCAAAUCCUUGGGUGCUGUUGUAGCGGUAACAGGAGCGUUUAUAAUCACGCUAUAUAAAGGUCCACAACUCUUGGUGGCUUCAUCAACUUCUAGCUCUCCAACUCCUCGUCAGCCGCUUCAUUCACAGCAAUCAGAAUGGGUCAUUGGAGGUUUUCUUUUUCUUUGGACUGCUCUAUCAUCCGCAACAUGGAACAUUUCUCAGGCUGCUAUUGUCAAGAAGUACCCAGAAGAAAUGACCAUAGUCUUCUUCUGUACCUUCUUUGUAACAAUCCAAGCUGCUAUCUUCUCAGCCAUAACAGAAAGAAAUCUAAGUGCAUGGAAAUUGUCAACAACUGUUGAAAUACUCGCCAUUGUUUUCACGGCUAUAUUCGGAAGUGUUUUCCGGAUUUCUGUUCAUACGUGGUGCUUACGCAAGAAGGGGCCUACCUAUGUAGCAAUGUUCAAGCCACUGGGGAUGGCUGUUGCAGUGGUCCUGACAGUCAUAUUCCUUGGAAGCACUCUGUCUCUGGGCAGUGCGAUUGGAUCCAUUGUAAUUGCACUCGGAUUUUAUACUGUGAUUUGGGGACAAAUGAAAGAGAAAAUCAUGGUUAUCGACAUUGAAGAUUGUAGCUUGGGAUCAGCCAGCCAAAAGACACCUCUUGUGCAAAACAGUGAAGAUAUAUGAAGUUUGUAAACAUCAUGUUGUAAUUUUCUCAUAAAAAAUGAACUUUUAUAAUGUAAUGUUGUUAACAGAUUAAAAGCUGUGAAGAAUGAAAAUUA